AUGAGAUUAUGGAUUGUUGGAAUUCUAAUAUUAGAUGUAGUAUUUUGUGUGAGUUCUACCGUAUUCCCGUCGAAGGUCUAUUCAAAAUAUUUACAGUUAGAACCAUUGCGGGUAGUAGAGAGAACACACUUACCAAAACGGAGAAGUCUUCCAACCAGAAAAUGUAAGAAUAUUUUGAAUCGUCAAAAAGCAAUACUUAAGAAAUGCAUCAUUACAGUGAAUUAUGGCUUUCAUCGAGAUUUACCGUCAGUAAUGGAUAAUGUUAUACACUCGCCACUGGAUAAUAAAAGGAUUUAUACUAAAGACAAUUUCUAUAUCAAUGCUAUUCGUCCGAAAGAGAAAGAAGCUAUUCUUUACGAGUCUAUGCUGAUUGAUGGAAAAGGAUCUGUAAAUGAUAUUGAUGCGUUCUUUGUGACUGCGCCACCAGCAAGAACAACUUUGGCUCCAAAACGAUUGGGUGAUAAUGAACUUCCAGAUUUUGUGACAGUUUCCGAAGGGAGCGUAAGAGAAGAUGAGCAACUAGUCAAGGAAAGACCACAAAGAACUCCGAGCGAUCUGAAACUUGUCAAGCUUCCACCUCAACCAACAAGUACUGUUGCUCCAUUUAAGCAUAAUAGUCCAGUUCGUCGUCAAUUCGUCGAUCCAAUUCCUCCUCCACAGAUGCUUCAACCAUCUCCGGUCAGAUUCCCAGCUCAACCAUGGCAAAUUCCACCCCUUCAUCCACAGCACCAAUCCACUCCGAAUCCUCUCACUCAAUUCUUCCAACCUAUUCCACAACCGCCUUCUCUAAUUCCUCCAAAUCCGUUCUUCCCCCAACAAACUGUUCCACCAGCAUGGACACCUGCACCAUUUGCUCCACAAAACCCAAAUCCACCUCCACCGACAAGAAAUGACUCAUUCGAUCCGUACAUUCCUAUUGGUGUUGGACAGCCUCCGUACCAAUUUCAACAGAACAUUCAGCAGCCCGCCCAACCUACUGAAACGCAUAGACUGCCUCUCCGUCCACACAGUUUCUCUCGGACCUUCGGGCAACAACCUAUUCCUCUUCCAUCUCCAGGAGCAAUGGACACCGCCUUCAAUCAAGCCAAGGAACGAGAGUUUAGCAUUUUCCCGCCAAACCAAAUUGCGAAGAAGCCAACUCCACCAAUCGAUUAUUCGGUAGACAGUGUUGCUGUAGUCACCAAGGAUCAGAGACCUCCUCCAUUCGUCAGAUCCAUUCCUGACAAAACAUCUGAACAGCUGAGAAACUUUGUGAAAGUCCAUCCACAUGUGAUGAACAACCUCCAGAAACCACUGAUCUACCGUGGAAAGGAAAUGGUCAUUCCGAAGAUGUUCAAUUUCACAAGUGCUCCUCUUCCUGCUCCAACUCAUCCACCGACUCGUUUCCCACAGCAACCGCCUCCAGCACUUCCAACUCAACCAUCCGCUCCACAAUUUCCUCAUCAGCCUAUUUCAGUUCUAACCACACCACAAUCAACUUAUGUUCCUUUAAUGAACCCAAAUCAGAAAUUAGAUCUUUGUUGUCGGAAACAAAGAAUUGGACCGAUUUGCCAAAACUUGUGCAACUACGAUACAUUCAACGAUAAAACGCUCGUCGCUGCCUUCCUGACCAACCAAUGCCCUGGACCUCAACUCGGUCAAGCCUAUGAUUGCGCCUCAUCGAAAGCAGAUCACUCUGCGUGCUGUGAACGUGCGGGACUUGUUUCAUUCCAAGGUGGAAAGUGUAUGCCAUUCUGUCGAACUCACGUUGCGACUCCAUCCAACGUCUUCGACUAUUUCGUCUGUCUUCAAGUCUUUGAAACUAUUAAAGGAUGUUAUAGAGAUUACAGUUUCACUCAUCCAAAUAUAUUUGGUGACUAA